GUUAUUGGCAACAUCGCGUGCCAGCACUGGGGAACAAUUCAAAUGUGUGGUGCCAACAUACUUCGUCUUCCGCAUGGUCGUGCGUGGAGUAUAAGAUAGAAACUGUUCACUGUCUCGUAAUAAAAAGUGUCUGAAAUUUGUGUUAAUAAAGUUUGUCAGCGUACAUUGAACAAAAUGUUCAAUCAACGAGAGAACAAUAAGUUCAACUCGUGCAAUUACGUUUUUCCUCCGCAAAAGCUUCGCUACGUCUAUUGCUUAGAAUGCAAACACCAGUUUUUUCUACAAGGAUUUGUUCCUUUGAAUGGGAUAGUUCCUUUAUUAUUGAAAUGUGGUCACGUCAUAUGUGAUAAAUGUGGAAGUAAAGGAUUUAAUAAACCUUGCCCUAUAUGUAAGACAGUUUUGCAAAGCAAAGAUAAUCAGAACCUUUUGUUACCUGUAAAUAUGUAUGCCCUGGGUUUAAUGGUUGUAUCUCAUAAUCGACCAGUUGAUUUAGAUGAUUCCAAUAUUUGUUUCUACAAGUCUGCUACUUCCAAGUUAAAGAAACAAUCUGUACAAGGUUUGUGCCACGAAUGUGGGUUUCAUGCAACUGUAAGGUGUCCACAGUGUAUCGCUCUUUAUUGCCACAAAUGCUACUUCAAGAUUCAUGGAAGAGCACUGCAAAGUCACACAAAAAUCAUAUUAUCGGAAGAAAUGAAUGAAAAUUCUUUUACUAUCCGAACUACAUGCUCCGAUCGUUGCGUAGAGCCAUUAGGAUAUUACUGCGAAGACUGUGAAAUAGCCGUGUGCUCGCAUUGUAUGCUGCGCUUACAUACAAAACAUAAUUAUGCGCCACUAAUUAACAAGAAUAAGGAGUUGAUUCCACAGUUUUAUGAGGUGUCCGAACGCAUUGCAGAGAACCUGCAGAGGAUUCGUCAGGCACAAAAGAAAUUGAAAUCGAUCAUUCUGCAACCAUCUGAAAGACAAAACAACGAGAAGGUGGAGUCAGCCAUCACUCAACACUUUGCACAUUUACACGGUAUUCUUCAAAAUGUGGAGAAAAAGAUCAUCGACUCGUUGCACGAGCAAUGCGUAUCGAAGGACAACAAUAUCGACGAGAUCGACUCGCAGCUGAAGGAUCAUGAGGAACGACUACAGUCUGCAUACGUUAUAAGCAGUACCAUUGAUGAGAUGCUCGGAAAAGUGGAUAUUCAGCAAGUAAUAAAGAAAUUAAUGAAGUUAAUUAAUAUUCCUAGCCAUUUGGUAGUAAACUCUGUGCCAGAAAACCAGGAAGCAAGAUUCCACGUAGACGAUAGCAUCGUAGAUGCCAUCAAGAAUCACUGCACGAUAGACGUGCCCCCCGUGUCCACUUUCAGUUUGCUACGAACGGACUUGUUGCCAGACGAUUACGAAAUAGAACCACUGCUGAACGAAAGUAUUUGUACAAAUUUCCAACACAAACCCUUUCUGCCACUGCAGCAACCUUCCACGUCGUCAGUAGUCACCCUUCCUCCCAGGAAGACUGAUAAUCACCUUGUCGUUGGAUUCUCGGAGGCUAUUCGCGUUACUCAUGUUGUGAACCCGUUCUGCUUCUACGUUCAAUUGAUAAAGAACCAGAAUAAAAUUGCAGAACUCAACAAAGGGCUAGCGAUGCUGGCUAACACUACUGGAGUAAUACCCACGGAUGUCACAUUAAACGCACUGUACGUGGUGCAAUGUGCCAGAGAUAGAGCUUGGUAUCGCGGACGCGUCAUAGGGAAGGUAUUAGAUGACGAAGAUCAGGAGAGGUACACCGUAAUAUUUAUCGAUUACGGAAUGAAAGAAGACAACGUGCCACUAAAGAAAAUGAGGAACAUUAUACCGCAGUUCGCUAUGCUGCCAGUAUUAGCCCUUAGAUGCGCUCUUUUCGACAUCGUACCAAACAAUGGUAAAUGGAACGAGGAGGGUACACAGGCCUUCAAGAAAUUAGUCUGCACAAAUACCAUGAUCUCUAUGCGCAUCAUGAUGAUAACUGGGGAUACCUAUUACGUUGAUCUCUGCGCCAUUUCUUCCAGGGACUCCUGCGUAAUAUCCAUCAAGGAUAUGUUAACGUACGCGAAACAUGCCACGUGUUCUUCGCAAACCAAAUUGCUGAGAACCAAUCCCGAUUCCACGCAAGUGUAUUACAAAGAACAAUUGGAACUGGAAGUUUACACGGAGGUCCAAGUUAAACAUGUUGAAUCACCUAAUUGCAUAUACGUUCAAAAAGCACAUGGAAACAGGUCGUAUUACAAUAAAUUGAUACGCGACAUGACCGAAUACUACGAGCAGACUAGCACGUUGAAUAGUGAAUGUAUCUCAAUACCUUGUAAAGAUUUACCGUGCGCGGCACAAGCAACUGAUGGCUUUUGGCACAGGGGUCAAAUACGCGAAGUUACAGAGAAUACCGUGAAAGUAUUCUACGUCGAUUUGGGAUAUACAUCAAUCUUAAGUUACGACGCUAUAAGAACGUUGCCUAAAAAAUUCAUGACCUGCAAAACACAGGCGAUAAGAGUCUCGUUAACAAACAUAAAACCGUUAUCUGGAAACACUUGGGCACCAGAAGCGAACAAAUACCUCAGGAAACUCCUAAUAAACUUCCCUGUAUUGAGAACUAUUGCUUUCGAGAAAAUAGAAGACCGAUAUAACGUAGCGAUGUACACCCCUGACAAAAACAGUAUUUGUCAUUUGUUAGUAAAAAAACAACUGGCGAUAAGUAUAAAAUCAAAUAACUAUUUUGUCGCAAGCGCAAAUACCAGAGGACAUAGGAAGAAAUCUAAUGCCAAGAAAAAGGUCGCUACAGUAAAUAGGAGUAACGAGGAACCAGUAAAUAAACCGUGUAAUUCGCUAAAUUCGAGUGUAAUGAACAAAAGUGCAUCAGAGAACACUGAAGAUCCUUUUAAAAUAGGCGUUACAAUACAUCAAGCCCUAUCCCCAGAGUGUAUUUACGUAUCCGACACGUCAUGCGAACAAGAUGACGUACAAGAAAUGAUGAAGGAGAUGCAAAUAUUUUAUGGACGCUAUCGCUCCGCGAAACCAGAGAUUUGGACAAAGGAUGCAGCUUGCGCGGUCUAUUCUACACAACGCGGGUAUUGUCGCGGUCGAAUCGUCAAUGUAAAGUCUAAGGAUAAAAUUAUCGUGUAUUUAUGUGACCUUGGAAUGGAAGAAACCGUCUCCUAUAACGAUUUACAAGUACUGCCGCCGGAGUUCUGUAAAAUGCCAUCCUAUGUGUUCAAAAUCAAGUUGUCCGGUAUACUACCAUGCGGAGGGUCAACAACCUGGCCAUCGUUGUCAUGCGAGGAAUUGCGGGAAAUCGUAAACUCCAAUUAUAAUUGCAAGUUCUACAUUUCAAAACUUGAUGACGAAGACAUGGAGGAUUCUACAAUUCCCGUUGAAUUGUGGAUAAAGCAAGCAAAAUUGGAUGGACCGUUAACGCCUACGAGAAUCGAGAUUAAUUCUGUCAAUAGAAUGCUGGUGGAUAAAGGGGUUGCCUUACCUAUAAAAGAAUAUGCAAAGAAACGGGAUAAGAUUCUAGCAAUCGAGUUAAAACGGCAUCUAAAGGAAAAAGCUAAAAGAUUAGUGAUAUCUCAAUCGGACGUAAAAUGGUUUAAGAUUGACGACGAACUUGGCGAGACAAGUGUUAAUAUAGAAACACCGCAAAAAGUAUUACGAUAUUCAGAUUCAGAUUCUAAUUCGGAUAUUCAAGAGAACAAUACAGAGGAAGUGCUUAACAACAUUCCAUCGUUACCAACGGUAUCGGCUUGGUUACCACCUGAACCUAUAUCGGAGAAUACAUUCAUUGCCGUUCCCACAUACUUAGAUCACAGUGGUUUCCUAUACCUACAUUCGAUAGAACAAAAUAAAAAAUCAUUAGACAAAAUAGAAGCAAAGUUGGAGAAACUAUAUCGAAAUUGUGCACUAGAAGUAUGCGAUACCGUGUGGAUUGCGGGAAACUUGUGCAUCGCACAGUACCAUGGAAAUAAGAAAUGGUAUAGAGGAGAAGUGGUGGAAGUGUUGGAGAAUGACUUAAUCAAGGUUAAAUUCGUAGACUACGGUAACGUCGAAGAAUGUUCGAUUGGUACUGUAAAGAAGAAAGUUAUUUUAGAACAUACGCCUGUGCAAUGUACAAAAUGCCUAAUUCAUGGCUUAAAACCGAAGACGAACAAUGGAAAAUGGAUAACAGCAGAUUUGGAUAGAGUCCAUGCUCUUCUCAUCGACCAGGAGUGCGAAGUAACUGUCCUAGAAACAACAGACACACAUCUUGUAAUUACUAUAACACUAUUACCAAAUAAGUUCUGCAAACAAAGAAGCAAUUUGAUAUCAUUUCUAAUUAAUGAAUGGGAAAUGAAUAUUGAACCCUUCGAUGAUGGCGAUAUAUUCGGGAAAGAUUUAUCCACGACGGAUAACUCAGACGUAGUUAUAGAAGAUGAUUUCAAUUUGCCUUGUUUAGAUGACGAAAUAGUGGAAGAUGCAGUUAUCAGUGGAUGUUCUGUAUUACUCCCACAUACGGAUGCAAUAAAUGAAAAUGAAAGCUGCACCACAACUGAUAUCGAAAAUUUUUCUUGGCGCCAAGCAAAGAAUGUAAUUUCUUCGACACCUCACGUCACAUCUACUGAAAACCUUACAGUUAAUAAUAAGUUGAUCGAUGUCCUGCAAGAAGUAAAAUGCUUUGAAGUUGAACUGUCUUGUAGUGUUAGUGCUAUCACAUUCUUUGCACAAUUAAAGGAAAAUGAACAUGAACCGAUUUUAAAUAAUUAUUAUAAACAAUAUGAGAAUCUCAUGAGUGAUUUACAAGAAAAUGCAUACAAACAACCGAUGAUCACAAGCAUUGUUCCCAAUACACCAUGUUGUGCGGAAUUCAAUGACGGCAUAUGGUAUAGAUGUUUGGUGGUAGAAACUGAACAUAUUGAAAAUACAAAAAAUAUUGAAAUUAAAUUGCUAUAUAUCGAUUAUGGCAACGAUGAAUACAGAACAAUAAAUUCUGAAAAAUGUGAGUUGUACAUCUUAAAAGAGGAAUGGGCAGAUUUACCAGCAAUGGCGAUUAAAUGUACAUUAUGGAACAUAGAAAUCGUUGCAUCGGCAAAUUACAGUAUUCUUAUAUCCCAAAUAGAACAGAUGUACAGUAAACAUGUCAUAGCUACAGUUAAGGAAGUCUACGAUGAUAUCGUAUGUGUUGAACUUUACGAAGACAAGAAUUGUGAAAAACUUCUGUACCAUACACUUAUCGAAGAUGGUUUAUUUCAAAUUAAAUUGAAAAAGUAUUAACGAACUGCGUUGUUUAUAGAUUAACUAAUAAACAUUUAUUUUUUCAUGCCGUUAAUGUACGGAGCUCCAAAUAAUGAUUUAGGUUUUUUUAUGUUUAUUAUUGUAAUAUUAUUGUUUGGUUUAUUUAU